AUGACGCAGCAGCGGGGAAAGAAAGCAGCGCCGUCAAAGGCAGCCGUGGCGAAUGCGUCUGCAAGUGCGCCUGACCCGCCGCCGUUCUUUUCCAUGGGGCCCGCUACCUUCACCGACGCCAUCGUCAUCACCAAGGUCAUUUCGGUCGUGCUGCCACUGCGCCACUUGCGUGACCGCAACAUCCUGCAUACGACGCUUCUGAAGAAGUUGCUUCAUCGUCCCUACGAGGCAUCUGCAGAGGACCUCGCCCAACAGCAGCUCUCGCAACAGGAAACCGACGAUGGCGGCAAGCAUGACUGCGGUGCACACAGCGCGCUCGACAACCUUGCGGCACCCACGUCGUCAUCUUCGUCGACACCCUACGUGAUUGUCCACAUCAAGUCUGCUGAGAUUCACGCUGACACGGCUCGCCAGGUAAACCCGCGCGGCGAUGUGCAGGUGAACGUGAUGGUGACCCUCGUCGCAGCUCGCCUCCAGCACGGGAUCUGCGCCGGUGUCUCGGAGGCGUCGCCGUUCACGUCGUGCAUGCAAGUGCGGGUACCGACAGUGGCCGUGUCCGCCGCGGUGGCAGCCAGGGGCAGCACGGACGAUGCGGCAACACUGUUACUCGGAGAUGCUUUGGAGGCAGGCGCCGAUAAUGUGUCGCAGGAGGGGGUCAAAGACGAGAAGGCAGAGCCGAGCGGUGGCGAUACAGCGCUCGAUGCCUCCGUGUCAGCCACCACGACGGCUGCUGCCGCGAAGCGCAGCUGCUGCACUGGCAUCCCGGCGGAUCAACAGCUGCGCGUGACAGCGCGGUGCCUAGAGGACGAACCGAUCGUGCCAGGUCAAGCAGUCUUGCUCAUCUCCGAGCCGGCCGCUAUGCGCUGCAUGGGCAUCCGGCCUCCGCGUGCAGCACCAGGCUCAUUUUACCUGACAGAAACGACACAACCGUCGGCUCAGUUCUCCAGCGGGGAGGCAGAGGGCGGGCCUGAGGCGAGGCCGAAGAAGCGCGCACGCAAGUCACGCGCGUCCGCCGGCGGCACAGGUGGUGCUACACCAGCACGUCGUAUCGUGUCCAUCGAGUGCGCCAUCCCGAAAAGAGAGGAGGAUGGGGAGGGCGGCGCAGCGGCAGGCCCCCGCAAGGGCCCGCGUAAGCGACCACACACUUAA